AUGGAAUCAAUAAUUGAAAUAAGUUUAUUGAAUUUUAAUGUUAAGAUUUACUUUAUGCCAAUGAAUUUCACCGAUUAUUGCUACGAUAUGCCAUCUAAAGUACCUAUCGGUGUGACAACUUGCAGCCAUUCCCUAUGUAUUACCGUCAUCGAACCUCGUAUUUUAGCAGGACAUCACAUUGGAAAUAAUGUUAUUCGUGGAUGCUUUUCUUCUGUGUUUAAAUAUGGUCCCACACCAUCCACUGAUAGCUUUUCUGCUUCAGAUACCUCGUGUAGCAGAAUGCCUGCGUAUAAACUAUUACCGCCACAUUUAGCAAGACGCGCUUCGAAUCGUACCAUUGAAUUAUGCUGGUGUUUUGGACAACUAUGCAACGAUUAUCCAUUAGCUGAAUCUGCCGGAUUUACAAAACAGCCAUCGCUGUCUUCAUCCAUCUUUAUCUUAGUAUUUGUCGUACUAAUUUUUGCUGGAAAUUAUUGA